AUGGCGUCUACGCAGUAUCGCAACUCGUACUACAACAACAACAGCAACAACAACUACCUGUCCACCGAGAACUACGAGGACAGCCAUAACAACUCGUCGGGCGCUCGCCGCAACCAACGUAUCAGGAGCAGUGACGGCACCGUCAGCACCACCAUGAGCUCCUCCACCGGCCGCGAGUCGGCCGCUACUCACCUCACCGAGGGCCCCGCCUACUCCAAGAAGAUUGUCGUCGUCGGCGACGGUGGCUGCGGCAAAACAUGCCUGCUCAUCAGCUACAGCCAAGGUUACUUCCCGGAGAAAUAUGUUCCAACAGUGUUCGAGAACUACAUCACCUACCCCACGCACCCACCGACCGGCAAGACGGUCGAGCUCGCUCUGUGGGACACAGCCGGCCAAGAGGAGUACGACCGCCUGCGACCCCUCUCUUACCCCGAGACCGAUCUCAUCUUUGUCUGUUUCGCCAUUGACUGCCCCAACUCGCUUGAGAACGUCAUGGACAAGUGGUACCCUGAAGUCCUACACUUCUGCCCCUACACACCCCUCGUGCUGGUUGCUCUCAAGUCCGACCUCCGCUUCAAGAGGACGUGUAUCGAUAUGCUCAAGACCCAGGGCCUCACUCCCGUCACGACCGAACAGGGUCAGACCGUCGCCAAGAAGAUGAAUGCUCAAUAUGCCGAGUGCAGCAGUAAAGAGAUGACGGGCGUUGACGAGAUUUUUGAGAGGGCCAUUCUCACCGUUGUCGCAAACGACCGGAAAAACAUCGAGGCCCAGAUGGCCACCGGUGCGUCGUCGUCAUCAAAUGGCGGCCGCGCCAGUGCGGGGGGCGGAAGCGGUAACAUCCCUGGCGUGGGUGUGCCGAAGAAGAAGAAGAGGAGCUGCAAGCUGCUGUAA